AUGGCAUCGGGGGUCCAAGAAAGGAGAUAUGCCAAUGUCACCUGGAAGAGACCAAAUCCCCGCCGUCUCCAUGCCAGUACUCAAUUCAGUCAAGGGCCCAGGGUUAUCUCAAGCCCAACAGCCUCAUCAGCGAUAUUCGUCUACAUUACUCUAGGGCCUUCUACCAGUUUUCACUACUCGGGAAUAAUCCAGUUACGAAACAUCUUCCAAACAUGGUCGCAGACCUUCGACGUUAAGAUUAUCAAACCACCGAGGCAGGGCACAAACUGGCCGAGUAUACUGUAA